GGUGGAAUAACUUUAACCAACUUUACUUUAUUUAUUUUUUUUUUUGGAAAGAACUUGAGCUCCUCUGUGCAGGGUAGUAUAUAUAGUCCUUUCUCUUCUUUGUCGACGUCGAGAGCGGGAUUGGCAUGCGUGGGAAAGACCGGCUUCUAUUGCGGAUAUUCUGCGUGGUUGGUAGGCUUACUUACAGGUCUAGUGCGUCUCACAAGCCUCGUUGUCUCGAUCAGCCAACCAAUAAUAUAUAAUUCGAUAAGAGACAAAUUGAGCAGGAAGCAACCAUGUCUGUGGUAGAUGCAAUGCUCCAAAUCCUUAUGCAACAAAUAUAUACGGCUGUAAACAACGAAGUUCAAUUUGCACGGGACUUCAAAGUUGAGUUUGAUAAAAUGAAGUCACGCCUUGAUCUUAUGACAGCCUUCAUGACAGACACUGAAAAUCUAAAGACUAAGAAUGAAGUUGCUAAGGCAGCCUUAAUCAAGCUUAGGGAAGUGAUUUAUGAUGCUGAUAACAUUCUCACUGAUUGCAUUGUCAGAGAUGAAUACAAGAAAGAUGGGUCUUGCUUUGGUUUAUCCCUCUCUGAUCCACUGUUUUCGCAUAAGACGGGCAAGAAAUUGAAAGACAUCAAUACGAAAAUGGAGCAGAUUGAGAAGAGCUUGGGUGGUUUCCAGAGAGCACCACAUCAUAAUAAUGUCCAGAUUGAAGAUUCAAACCAUGCUAGAGGAUUCAUGUCUCAAGAUUGCAAUCCUUCUGAGACAUUUGGAUUGGAAUUGGAGUUGACGAAGCUCAAAGAGUGGAUUAUUGAAACCCAAGAAACACUUUUACAAAUUGCUGUUGUGGGGAUAGGGGGUUUGGGAAAAACAACCAUUGCCCAGAAAAUCUUUCAUGAUAAUGAGGUAAGAAGUCGAUUUGAUAAAAUCAUCUGGGUUUGUGUUUCAAGAGCUUUCAGCAAGGAGCAUGUUGUGAAGUGCAUGCUGGAAAGAUUAGACAAAAAGGUAUCCGGGUUUGAUAGUAGCCAGCUGUUCGGGGAGCUUCAACAAGUUCUUGCUGAUAAGAGCUGCCUUAUCGUUAUGGAUGAUGUAUGGGAAAUGGAUGUGGAAUGGUGGACAACCUUGUGCUCCAUUUUUCCCAAACGAGAUGGUAAAAGCAGCUGCAUCAUUAUCACUACGAGGAAUGAAGACGUUGCCAAUGAUAUGGGAGUUGAAAACUCAAAAAUCCACAGGCCCCCUUUUCUAAACGAGAAUGACGGUUGGUCUUUGUUCUCCAAAUUUGCAUUUUCUUCAAAUAAGGGAAUUUGUCCACCACGUAACGGAUUUGAGGAAAUAGGCAAAGAUAUCGUGAAGAAAUGUGGGGGGCUUCCACUGGCAAUCAAGACAAUAGGAGCUCUAUUAGCACGAAAGAUUGAAUCCCCUGCUGAUUGGGCCCAAAUUAGGGAAAGUUUUCAUGACUUGACAACUGAAGGAAGAAAUAAAUCGGUUAUGGCGUCUCUUCAACUGAGUUAUGAUGAACUCCCAUCUCAUUUGAAGCAAUGCCUAUUGUCUUUCUCCAUUUACCCUAUAGACUUGGAGGUGAGAAGUGAACAACUAAUUCACUGGUGGGUUGCUGAGGGUCUCGUCCAGGGGAAAGGCUCAAAAUCAGCUGUUGAAAUGGGGUAUGAAUAUCUCUUGCAACUAGUGAAAAGGUGCCUUGUUGAAGCUAUACAACAACGACGCUAUGAUGGGAGGAUCUACAACUGCAAGAUACAUGAUAUGGUGCGGGAAUUGAUCAGCAUGAAUGCUCAGGAGGAGGCAUUUUGCAGCUUCGAUGAAAAAGGCAGGCAAACAUUGAAUGCAGAGAGUCGAUGGUUAGGUUUCAGCGAUGCCAUGCAUGGAAAGCCACUAGGAAACAGAUCAAAGACCAGGGCACUAAUGUUCCUGGUGUCAAAUGAUGCAAAGCUUGAGUUUGGGAAAUUUGGGAUGCUGACAUCCCUUAGGAUGUUGGAUUUCUCAUACAGCAACUUGAAAGAGAUCAGCGCAGAAGAUCUGUUUGAGUGGAUCAGUUCCCUCAAACGAUUAGCACAUUUGAAUCUUACUGGAGUUCGAGGAUUGGAAUCAGUACCAUCUUCAAUUCGAAAACUCCUCAAUCUCCAGCUAUUGGUUUUGACAAGAUGUGCUGAUCUAAAAAGGAUACAUCCAUCAAUUACCAGUUUGAGGAAGCUGGUAGUGUUGGACUUGGGGUUUUGUCCACUUGAGAACCUACCUAAGGGAUUGGGAAGGUUAUCUUGUCUUCAAGAACUCUCUGGAUUCAUGGUGAUGAGUCAGUUGAAAAGAAAUUGCUGUAAGCUUCUUGAGCUUAGGGAACUUAAACAUAUAAGAGUACUUCGGAUCAGUAUAAGUGAUGAUACCGAAAUCUCAGAAAAUGAGCUGAAUGUCCUAGCUCAUCUCGAAAACUUGAAGGUUCUAGCUAUUGAUGCUGACAAUUGUAAAAGGAACACCUUAGAGAUUUUAAAGAAGGUCGAUCAGCUUAUUCCUCCUCCAGCCUUGCAGGAGCUGUAUCUUAGAAAUUACCAUCGCACAACUCUGCCAUUGUGGGUUUGUCCCUCCAGGCUUACCAAAUUGCAAUAUCUUUCCAUUGAAAAUGGAGAUCUUAUCAAAUUAACUGCAGAGGUUGAGGAUGGCAAUUGUCACACUGCUUGGAACAUCGAGGGUCUAUGCUUGAAGUUCUUGACCCGGUUGGAUGUGAACUGGACGGACUUACAAAAGGAUAUGCCUGUGCUACGCUACAUGGAGGUUAGUAAUUGCUACAAACUGAAAGGUUUCCCCUGUUCUGUCAAGUCUCAAGCGAUCUGGAGAAAAAAUCAAGAUGGUGGAAUUGAUUCACUGGAAGAUAAUCACAAUAUCCAAAAAGUCCUUUAAUUGUGUGAUCUCAAAAUAAUAUUUGCUUUCUAUGCAUUGAUGUUGCUUUUGUAAUUUGUGUGGUGUGUGGAUAUUUUUAUGCUUUAUUCUCUUGUCACUAUUCUGUAAUAUUGGUGUUGAUGUAUUUUGUGUGUAAUUGAUAAAUUUGACUUUGAGUUUGUUGAUUCUGUAGUAAUUUUACUAAAGUUUUUAAGAAGGUCGAGAGGGAUGUCUCUUCUACUCUA